GAUAAGGGAGAGGAGGGGUGACCCGUCGCUUCCUGCCUCACGCCUGCUGGGAAUUCGAGUCUCUUCCCGGAGCUCGUCACCACGUUCCCCGUGCCAGCCUCGGGGUGAGCGGCCUUUCCCCAAACGCCUGCUGGAAAUUUCCAGAGGCACCGCAGCAGUCCCGAGACAAAAAGCUGCUGUGCCCCCACCCCGCAGGGGCUUCAUUUUGGGAUCUAUUGCUCCUGGCAGGCACGCCAUGCUCUGCUUCACCGACUGAAUUUAAGGCUCUUACUGCUGCUCAGUUGGAAGGGCUCAUAUUAAGUAAGCGUCCAAAAUCAGAAUUAGUCCCAGCACCGUGAUUUUUCCAUCAUGUCAGAACCUAUCACGCUCAAUGUUGGAGGAAAACUCUAUACCACCUCUCUGUCCACUCUGACUAGCUUUCCAGACUCCAUGCUGGGGGCCAUGUUUAGUGGGAAGAUCCCAACCAAGAAGGACAGCCAAGGUAACUGCUUUAUUGACAGAGAUGGCAAAAUCUUCCGCUAUAUCCUGAACUUCUUACGAACUUCUCACUUGGACCUCCCUGAAGAUUUUCAGGAAAUGGGCUUACUGCGGCGGGAAGUAGAUUUUUAUCAAAUUCAGCCCUUGAUUGAGGCCUUGCAGGAGAAGGAGGUAGAGCUUUCUAAAGCAGAGAAAAAUGCCAUGCUCAACAUCACCCUCGAUCAGAAGACCCAGACCGUUCACUUCACUGUCCGAGAAGCACCCCAGAUUUACAGCCUGUCUUCCUCCAACAUGGAAGUGUUCAGUGCUCAUAUCUUCUCCACAUCGUGCCUGUUCCUGAAGCUUCUUGGUUCCAAACUGUACUACUGUUUCAAUGGAAACCUUUCCUCAAUAUCCAGUUACCUGCAGGACCCCAACCACUUGACCUUAGAUUGGGUUGCGAGUGUGGAAGGCCUUCCCGAAGAGGAGUACACCAGGCAGAACUUGAAGAGACUCUGGGUGGUGCCAGAUAAUAAGCAGAUCAAUAGUUUCCAGGUGUUUGUGGAAGAAGUGCUGAAAAUAGCCAUGAGUGAUGGUUUCUGCAUAGAUUCUGCUCAUCCACAUACUUCAGAUUUCAUGAAUAAUAAGAUUAUUCGCCUAAUUCGGUACAAGUAGGAAUGGCUGUUUGUUGUGGUGCCAGCAUGGAGAUAACACGGGUUAAGUGUUUGCCUUUAAAACACACUUACAGCCUAAUUCAGAAUCAUGCUUAUCUGGAUUAAGAGUCACUAACAAGGAGAUGAUUUUCCUUUAAUGUACUUACCAAUACAACCUUUCAGAAUGUGUCCAUAUUCCAGACAGAAGCAGUAUUGUCUAGCACCUGAAUUAAGGACUGGCUCUGUCUCUGCCUCUGACCUGCUGUACAGUUCUGGGGGAAACCACUUAACUUCUGUCCUCUUUACGUUUUCCAGUUGGAAAAUGAGUGAUCCUUAACCUGUACUGCCAGGGGCUGCGAGGGUUCGGUGACCGUGGUUUGGAAUGUGUCUGGAGAACGGAUGCAGUGAAAGAUACCAUGGAGCUGCAGUGCGGCAGGCAGCCCUAGGAGCACGUUUGCCAUGUCUCGCUGUAUCACCUGUGCAGAGCAUUCAAGAAGCUUGUUUGGAUCCGUGGAGAAGAAGCCUUCCCACAUGCACUCAGUACAGCUGUAAAGGAUGGUGCAAGUUGCAAAUUAGUAAGAGAUCCCAUCUCUUUGGGUUCAACAAAGCAUUUCUGUCACCCUGUGAAGCUGAUUUGGGUUUUCUUCUGAACCCUGUGAGGAAGCCCCUGCUUUAUUGUGCUUUCAGGGAAGCCCUGUUGGAAUAAUGUGACUGGCAAGGAAGCCAUAGAAAAGGGAAUGGUGUUAUUACAAACCAGGAAGAUUAAACCUUUACUUUUACAUUCCAAAUGCAUCUGAGACAACUAGUCCUUUUCUUUCUCUUACAAUGUUAAUAUUUGUCUGGAGCAUGCUGCUGAAACUUUCUAAGGUGAAGACAGAUUUUGAGGCAGAGGCCUCCAAACAUCUUCUAAACAUUUGAGCCUCUUUUGGGCAUAUCUCCCUUCAGCAGUGCCUGGAAUGCAUGGGAUGCUCCUGGGUAGGAUGGAUUUCAUUUGAAAGGACAACUCUCACCAGGUUACACCUAGUAUUUUUCAUAGCAAAAACAGAGGGUCAUUUUUCCUAUCCUGGUUCAUUGAGCCUUUUUUGGUUUAAUGUCUUUGUGAAAUGGUCAGGUCACUAAAAGAAUUUUACCCGCUUGCUUGGCUUCAGUGUCAGCUUGCCAGAGGGAAGGCAGUGGGAAACCAGAGGUCAAACUCUUCCCUACACACCUGGUCUGUGCUGUAAUGAAGAUCAUAACUCACUAGCUGCAUGUUGUCUCUAAACAUCAUUUGUGCCACAUUCAAGAUGGUUCUUUCUCAGCUAAUUAUGUUUAAAAGUAUCUUAACUGUAUUUCCCUGACCAGAUUGCUAUGAGUGCAUGAGAGGCCCUCUGGAACCUUUUCAGGUGUCUUUAAUGAGAUAGAAGGGAAAAUGCAAUAACGAAGUUUUGCAUUUCAGAGUUUCAGUGCUUCCAAAGGUUUCUAGCACAGGGCUGUGAAGCUCAGUACUAUGCAUGUUCUUGUUUCCCAAAGUAACUCCUCUGUUUGUUACAUUAAGCUGACCUGUGAUCAAGCUUAAAGAAGCUUUUUUUUUUUUUUUUUUUUUUUUUUUUUUCCCCUUGUAAAAAACCAGUGUGAUCAAUAUAUUUCUACUGUCCCAAACUGUGACUGCAUCAACAACACAAAUCAGCAUGCUGGUAGGUAAAAUGCACAUUCUGCAGCUGUUACAAACCACUGCCCUUUUUCUGACUUGGUGCUAAACCAGCAUGAUACACGUGGGACCAUGUUGUCAGAAAGCACUGAUUGGGCUUGAAGCCCUCAGAACUACUAAGUGUGGCAAAUUUUGUGUAUUUUGAGGAUUGUACACAGGAUUUUGUGGCCAAAUUCCAGUUUGAGUCACCAUGUUCUAUAUUUAGUUGCAUUAGGAAGAACUUUUGUUUUUUCCCAUCCCAGUCCUGAAUUACAAAGCAUGAGUUGGCCAGUCAUCUGCACACUGACAGGGAUGAUCUGUGCUGGUAAUAUGAUUAUGAUCUAUAAAAUGAACCCUCUUUCAUCAAAAUUUUGACUUGAAACAGAUCUGCUGUUGCUGACUUUGUGAUAACAGAGAUUUUGGGGACUGUUGACGGUAUUUCCCUUUAACCCACACCCUUGAGAGUAGAUUUUAUAUGAUCUGUAACUGGAGCUCUUGUAUGUCAUGAUUAAAAUAAUACUCACCAGUAGGAAUUUGUUUCCUCUCAGCUUGAGUUUAGCCAAAGGUAAGAGCAGUGGGCUUAGAUCUCAUUUGGAAGGGUGGAGUGUGUAAAGUCUGACCUACACCCUUCUGUUCCAGCAAAAUAAAAUAUUCCAUGGGAGAGUUGAAUUACUACUGCUUGCUUUUUUUUUUUUUUUUUUUUUUUUUUUUUUUUUGUGAAAGGCAAGUAAGAGGAGGCUGUAAAAGGAGAGAACUGGACCCAGAUCUUCACCUGGAGUGCUUUAAGCAAAAGAUGAACAAAUUGAAUACACAUUUAUUUGUACUCAUGCAGCCAAGUCAGUAAAAGGUACAGCUGGCCCCAGAUCUCUGUCAUUUGUU